AUGCAGACGGCAGGCGAGGAUCUCUUGAAGCCCCCAUCUGAGGGCUUCUGGACUUCUCUGAAGGACCGUUCCAUCUUCUCCCCACAUGCGGCGGCUGUUCGAUUAUGGCAUGUGGCAGAGGGUAUCGAGAAAUCGGGAAUCAGCAAGGUCCCUGAUGCUGUGAAGGCUAGGGCAUACAGGUCUCUGGUGAGCCUCCUUCGUCAUUACUCCCGAGAUGGGCAUGGAUACCUCAAAGCCGUGAAGCAAUACAACCAGCUGGCUCCAAGUGUGGGAGGACAAGCUCUUAAGGCUGAUGAGGGUUGGGCUCGACACGUCAUACAGUCCAACGACGAGAUCAUGGGGCAACUGGAACAGGAGCUGCGGCACAGCACGGUAGGGCAAGUCAAAGAGAGCUGCCGCCUGGCGAUGGAAAGGAUAAUUCGGCAAGCGGCGAAUGCCCAUGAUUUCCCUCUGGCAUUGCAAUGGUAUACAUGUGGGCAGGGAAGUGGCAGGCAGGGACUCCAGGGAGUCUCCUAUAGGGACCGAUGCUCGACCCCGAGCCAGUACGCCGAGAUGUACAUCAACAUGUGCGAACUAGCUGUGCUUGUCGGGAAAGCUAGUGAUGUACAUCUCUUUGCGGCUAAGGUGUCGCAGAUACUAUCAGAUACGCCAACAGUACCGAAUGCCGCCUCGAUAAAAGCUGCUGUGAGCUGCCUCCAAGGCUUCUGCAGUGCCUCUAAUGGGGCCUACUCGACCGCAGCUACUACCCUCACUAAGGUUAACAUGCAGGACGUCCCUCCUGCGGCCUCGAGCGUCCUCUCUGGGACUUUGGGUGGACUGUUCAGUAUUGGUACUGCAUGCGGUACUGCCGUGCUGUGUCGGAUCGCCAGUGCAAACAGUCGAGCACAGUUGAAGGAAGGGAUAGCAUGUGACGCCGAUGCAGCGGUCCAAAUGAGCAACAGCACUUCGGGGCUUCUCAGAGUUCUCUGUGAGUACCCUCGCCUGCAGGAACUAGUAGACAGCGUAGUCGACUGUCGCUACGCUGAAUGCCUCACCUUGAUCGACGAGCUGGUCAACGACUUGGCGUAUGACCCGCUUAUCGGGCACCGGGCUCAUGCGAUUGGACGGUGUGCUCGUAUGAGGUGCCUCAUCACUCACUGCAACGCCUUCAGAGAAGUCCCUCUGCUACGUAUAGCGCAUGAUCUUGGGUAUUCCAGUGUUGAGGCUCUGGAACCGGACCUCGAGGCUGCGAUACAAGGCAGAAUACUUCUACCCGGCGGAGGGGAGGAGAAGCUCUUCGCACGCGUUGAGGGACGCAUAGAUCUUCAAGCUGGUGUCCUGCGGGCGGUCGAAGUAGACUCCCGAGAGAGGAUGCAGGAAAUGGUGGAGGUGGUCUGUGGCCCCACAGGUUUUGCAGCUAACAUACAGAAAGUCGUUUUAGAGUUCAACUUACGACAAGCAGCUGCUAAACGAUGCACCUCUGACAAGCCCAUAGAGGAUGAUCGCACAAGAGCCCUCCGACUGAGGCUAGGAGUGGUGAUGGAGAGCCGACUGAUGUGACGAUGAGUGAGGACGCUGACACGCCUCUAGU